AAGCCACUUGGAGAGAGCCAUGGCGGGUUUGUCUGUGAGGGACCCUGCGGUGGACCGUUCACUGCGCUCUGUGUUCGUGGGGAACAUUCCUUAUGAAGCUACGGAAGAACAGCUAAAAGACAUCUUUUCUGAGGUCGGACCUGUUGUUAGUUUUCGAUUAGUAUAUGACAGAGAAACAGGAAAACCAAAGGGUUAUGGCUUCUGUGAAUACCAAGACCAGGAGACAGCCCUUAGUGCCAUGCGGAACUUGAAUGGGCGAGAAUUCAGUGGUAGAGCACUUCGAGUGGAUAAUGCUGCUAGUGAGAAGAACAAAGAAGAGCUGAAGAGCCUUGGCACUGGUGCACCUGUCAUUGAGUCACCGUAUGGAGAGACCAUCAGUCCUGAGGAUGCUCCCGAGUCCAUCAGCAAAGCAGUUGCGAGUCUUCCACCAGAGCAGAUGUUUGAGCUGAUGAAACAAAUGAAGCUUUGUGUCCAGAAUAGUCCUCAGGAAGCACGCAACAUGCUGCUGCAGAACCCUCAACUGGCGUACGCCUUGCUGCAAGCACAGGUGGUGAUGAGAAUUGUGGAUCCGGAGAUUGCUCUGAAAAUCUUGCAUCGCCAGACAAAUAUCCCAACGCUGAUGGCAGGCAAUCCUCAGGCAGUUCAUGGCGCUGGUCCUGGACCAGGAUCCAGUGUGCCAAUGAAUCAGCAAAAUCCUCAGGCUCCCCAGGGCCAGUCUUUGGGUGGAAUGCAUGUCAAUGGUGCACCUAUGAUGCAAGCUUCUAUGCAGGGUGGAGUUCCAGCACCAGGGCAAAUACCAACUGCUGUAACAGGACCUGGCCCUGGCUCCUUACCUCCUGGAGGGGGAAUUCAGGGCCAAGUUAUGCCGGGAAGUGGACCAGUAUCCUUGGAGUGGGGACAAGGAACCUUACAGCACUCGCCCGUGGGACCCGCCGGGCCUGCAUCAAUUGAGCGAGUUCAAGUGCCGAUGCAAGACCCCAGAGCAGCUAUGCAACGAGGACCUAUGCCCGCCAAUGUUCCAACUCCUCGAGGUCUGUUAGGAGAUGCUCCAAAUGACCCACGUGGAGGCACUUUACUUACUGUAACAGGAGAGGUUGAGCCUAGAGGUUACAUGGGACCACCCCAUCAAGGUCCACCCAUGCACCAUGUCCCUGGCCACGAUACCCGAGGCCCACCCCCACACGAGAUGAGAGGCGGUCCAUUAACAGACCCCAGACCUUUAAUGGCGGAGCCGAGAGGACCUAUGAUGGAUCAGAGGGGUCCUCCCUUAGAUGGCAGAGGUGUAAGGGAUCCCCGAGGGAUGGAUGCUCGAGCGAUGGAAGCACGAGCCAUGGAAGCUAGAGGAUUAGACCCUCGUGCAAUGGAGGCCCGAGCGAUGGAGGCCCGAGCGAUGGAGGCCCGAGCGAUGGAGGCCCGUGCGAUGGAGGCCCGAGUGAUGGAGGCCCGUGUGAUGGAAGUCAGAGGAAUGGAAGCCAGAGGCCUGGACCCAAGGGGCCCAGUCCCUGGGCCUAGAGGCCCUAUGCCUGGUGGAAUCCAGGGUCCUGGGCCAAUGAACAUGGGGGCUGUUGGUCCUCAGGGACCGAGACAGGUCCCAGUCAUGCAGGGAGCAGGCAUGCAGGGAGCUGGCAUGCAAGGAGGAGGCAUGCAGGGAGCCGGCAUGCAAGGAGGAGGCAUGCAAGGAGGAGGCAUGCAAGGAGCCGGCAUGCAGGGAGCCGGCAUGCAGGCAGCCGGCAUGCAAGGAGCCGGCAUGCAGGGAGCAGGCAUGCAAGGGGCAGGCAUGCAGGGCGCUGGCAUGCAAGGAGCAGGCAUGCAGAGUGGCGCCCAGCCUGGUGGUUUCAGUCCUGGGCAGAAUCAAGUCACUCCACAGGAUCAUGAGAAGGCUGCCUUAAUUAUGCAGGUUCUUCAGUUAACUGCAGACCAGAUUGCCAUGCUGCCUCCUGAGCAAAGGCAGAGUAUCUUGAUCUUAAAAGAACAGAUACAGAAGUCCACUGGUGCACCUUGAGAGGUUGGUUUUCAAAUACCUGGCCACAAAUGUGGAAAAUAAUUCCAUAACUUUGCUGAAAUGUUGAAAAGAUGGCUUCUGCAUCCUAACCCUUGAAUGCCUCAAAUUGGUGCCAGGUGGAAGAUUCUCAUCACCUUCUCUCAGAACAAAAUCACUUCAUUUCUGUUGUCUUACUUUGUAUAUUUUCUGUGACUUGAAAUAAACUUUGAACACAAUUUUAGUACACUGCAAAUUGAUGCACAUGACCUUUUUGCUGUUAAAAAGCUGUGAAGACCAAGGGAGAAACUUUUGUUUUCUACCCUUACCACAGUAUGGUACUCUUAAUGUUAUAUUGACAUAGCUCUGCUCUUACUUUUACAUUAAUCAUUUAUUUUUCUUGAUGAAAGAAUUUGAGAGUUUCUCAGAAGCCGUGUUUUCUAGCUUUUGUUUAGUUGUUUUCAGCAGGAAUAAGGCUCUGCCCUUUGAGGACUUGCUAGAACUUCCUUAGGAGUCUACUGGGAAAAAAAUAGUGAGUGCUCUGGAGAUGUGAAAUGGUCAAAAGGCCAACAAAGUAAAGAGCCUAGCCGAGCAGUGUGUUUAGUUUAGAAAAAUCCAAAUAUCAAAGUACAUUUUUAUGUCAGUAGUAGAUCUAGUCACACACAUAGUUAAUUCAGGUCAGGGUUAAGGCAAAGACGUGUUAGCACUGGUUUCAGUGUGUGCCAACACAUAAGAGACUAUUGACAUCACUCGUCUGUUCUUUAAAAUAACAAAAAGUUUUACAUGUUCAAGAGGAAAUAAAAAUUGAAUUAAAUAAAUGAACAAAGUACAUUUCACCCUAUCUUCCAGGUAAUUAUUUACAAUUUACCCUACAACCAUAUAUAUUAUGGGAAAACAUUAGCAAACCUUAAAAUGUCUAGAUUCUUCUCAUUUAUUUUAAGAGGACCAAAUGUAAAACACAAACAACCAGAUUAUGCAUUAAGUCUGCCCCUGCCUACUUCCUUGUAGACAGGUAUGUGCAUAAAUAGUGCCACUGGCUCUACCCUAUGGGUCUUCAGCCUAGUAUUCUCUCUCUUAUAGUGGCAUUAAAGGGAAACGUGGGUUCUCUCCAUCAGACCAACCUCAAAAGGUUGAGAUUUGCCUUAAUAGUCAAGUUCUACAGGAACUACUCUUGAGCCUAUAUAUUCUCGGAAUCCUAUCCCUGGGUUAGGAUUGUGGUCAGGUGAAUUAAAAGCCUGACAUAGGCUUAGAGAAUGUAAUAGCAUAUUGCUUAUAUGCAAAGCAAAAGAAUACAAAGAUAACUUCAUGAGAGACAUUGAAAUUGAGGGAUUUUCUACUCUGAUGUAAACAUUUACAACAAAAUUUUGCUGGAUAAAGUACUUCAUUUUACACUCUUAAGAAGAAAAACUUGAUUAAAACAGCUGAGGAACUGUACCCUGAUCAUCUCCAAGUCAGGAUGCUGAUUAUGAGUAGGACUUAUACCAUCAAUCUUCAGACUUUGCUAUGUUGAUUUAGAUAUAGUCACACAGAAAGCAUAUUUAGACAUUGAAAAUGAAGCUUUCCCCUUUCAGAACUCCUGUUCUAAGGGAACACUAAUACUCCAAAUCGAGGUCAUUGACGAUCUAAUGACAAUUUGACUAGCAGUUGUCUUGAAAGGAACCAUAGCUUCAAGGUUCUACUGUGUUAUCCUAAUGCCUUCUUAAGCUAAAUAUAAAUAGCUAAAGGCUGGAUGAACAAAUCAAGAGCACUGACAUGCAAAUAUUUUCCUACAAAAACCCAUCAGUCCUUUUUGACUGAUGUCCAAUGAAUAAACUAACGUUCAUUAGCUACCACGAGUUCAUGACCUCCUUUUAUUGUAGUCAGAUGAGUAGUAAAAAUAAAAAUCCUAAUCUUUUAAGCCCUAUAAGUUUCUGAAUAGUUAGAAACAACUACUUGGGCACUUAAGGGUAAAGAAAUAGGUGCUAUGAUGCUAAUACAGUAGAAAUAGUCUUAAAAAUCACUUACAUUUUCUUUGAGGACAAUGAAAAUAUUAUUUUCUCCCCACUUUUAGGGCCCCAGUUUUCUUUCCUCUUAGUGAUUCACUGUGACUACUAAACAUCCCAGGGCAGGUAGAUGGUUGAAAUAAAAAGAAUUUUGAUGGGAGAAAGAAAAGGAAUUUUCCGUACGUCGUUGGGUUAGUAAAUCCUAAAUUAAUAGGUAACUCGGCUCCAAAAUGUGGUAAAAUGUGAAAUCCUUUAUCUCUUUUAAAAAGCCAGACACUAAUAAACGCCCUUAAUAAAAAUUAGUAAAGAGCCCCUGUUGACUAUAAAGAUGGAGUUCCAAGGUUUUGCAGUCAUUUCCAGCAGAACAAUAUACACAUAAUUAAUCUAAGUUCAAGAUUUUCUUCCCCAAAUGGAGAUCCCAGGAAAAGUAACAAAAAUUCACCGAGUAGGUAAGAAAAUCCUUCAUUUUUUGAUGAGCAAAAAUUGUAAAGCAUAAAUUGCUGUUCACACUGGGUAAGACCAUGUUUUAAAUGACAGUAAGAAUGUACAUCGUUGGUGUUAUAUGGGGAUGGGGUUUCUUGUAAUUCUGUGUUCAUUAUUAUUUAUGUUUAUUAUGGUUUGUCAUUAAUCAAUAAAUUUUUAUUUUAAAAAUCA